AUGGCAGCGGAGGGGAAAGUGUCCAUCUUGUUCACGGUGCUUGACAAGACAGAUGCUAUAACCGUCAAUGCCUUAGAGUUGGACAUCGAUAAGGAGUCUGUGAGGUUAGAUCCCGUUGCACCCACCAAAGACGUUCCUGGUGUUCGCGGCAUAAGCUACAAGAACCAGUCACAGCUGCUCGUCAUCCAACUCGAUACAGAAUUACCUCUCCUUGGGAAGUUCAAAGUUCAAAUAAAGUAUCGCACUCGUGUAGACUUGGAGCCCCGUGGGAUUUACGCCUUUACUUACGCCAAUGCUGACGGGAAGAUAUGGAAAACGGCAGCAACGUACUUCAACAAUGGUUUGGCCAGGAGAGCAUUUCCCUGUUUCGACGAAUUGUCCUUCAAAGCGACCUUCAACUUGACCUUGCUGUGGAAGGCUUCAGAGAGCUUUAGCACGUGGUCCAACACUGAAAUCUGGUACCAAGAACCACGUGAAAAUGGAAUUAUUGCCGAUGUCUACAAACGAACACCGAAAAUGUCCACACACGACUUGGCCUUCGCUGUCGGUAACUACGCCUACAUUCAGAACGUGACGUCAUCAGGAGUCAAGUUUCGUACAGUUUCGGCACCAGGCGACCUGCGCAGACUACAGUUGUUCCACAAGCAUGGUCCAGCUGUGUUUGAUUGGUUUGAGAACACGUUCGGCUCACCUUAUCCUCUCACCAAAUAUGACAACGUCGUGGUGAGGAACGCGGAACACGGCGUCGUGGGACACUUGGGCAUGACGACAUUCCGGGAGUCAUUAGUGUCCACGGAGGAAGGAGUCAUAACGGAGCAACGACUUGCACGACUCAUAACUCAAGGAGUCUCUCACCAGUGGUUUGGAGGCCUGGUGACCCCUGCCGGCGAGGAGUGGGCGUGGCUAAGUAGAGGCAUUGCCACGUUUCUGGAUUCGUAUGCACUGGCUAAGAUCUACCCUGAGUGGCGUGAGAUCGAGAUGUUUGUUGCAAAGGUACACACUAGUAUGAAGAUGGACGUGGAUAUAUCUCGGCCCGUCAGCAUCACGUCAGACAGACAUGAUCAGAUCACACGCGAGAAGGGUGGAAGUAUAUUCCGCAUGUGCUUCUACACACUGGGAGAAGAAGCAACUCUGAGGGGUCUAAAUACGUUUCUACGGCGGCACCAGUAUGGGAGCGUGACCUUCACUGACCUAUGGACAGUGCUGGACGAGGUGGCGAGGGAUGAGAACGUGACAAUAGACACCGAGAGUUUUCUGGAUCCGUGGCUCACACAGAAACACUUCCCCAUGGUGACGGUGCAAAGGUCAAGGUCAGGGUCAGUGCAUAUCAAACAGGAGUUGUUCAGGAAGGAUAUGUCCAGCCAGAUAGACAGCGGCUACGCACCUUAUGGAUACAUGUGGGAUAUCCCCAUAACAAUUACAUCGAGUGUGAAGACAGUCUGGAACACGGCCUCCCAGCACCGUGAUAUCCUGUGGCUGAGGAAGAGCGAGCCCGAAGCGACCUUUCACAACCUGUCCAUUCCUAAUGAGACGGAUCCCGAUGGCUGGUUUCUCGUCAACCCCGACGUCAUCGGCUACUACCGCGUCAACUACGACGACAGAAACUGGCAAGCAAUCCUGAAGCAGUUGAAGAGGGACCACACGGUGUUCUCUGCCAAAAGUCGGUCUCAAAUAAUCAACGAUGCUUUCGCCCUCUAUAAAUCACGGGCUCUGGAUGUGACGAUCGCCCUGGCGACACUAGAUUACCUGCAGCACGAGCUGGAUUACCUCCCUUGGCUGACGGCGUUACGUGAGAUCGGGGAACUUGAUGAUAUAAUGGAUCGGACCCGGUUGUAUGACGCAUUUGAGCAAUAUAUGAAGGACCGAUUGAAAGCAGCUUUCCAACACUGCGGGCUGUGGGCGAAUAUAGACGACGUCCCGAUGGAUAUGCUACAGAGGAAACAGAUAGCAGAGUGGGCGUGUCGGUACAGGCUGCAGGCGUGUUUGGAUGCCGCGUCUGUCGUGUUCAUUGAAUGGACCGAAGGGAAACGGUGGGUAUAG